UUCACAACAGCCAGGAACGUGUCAUUCAUCACCAUGAAGCCAUCUCUUGUCCUCUGUGUUCUCCUGGGCAUCGUCCUCUCUGUCAGAGCUGCAACAGUGCUUCCCUCUGUAGAGGCUGCCACUGAUGCAACUGCAAUCACUGAUACAGUAACUCCUGUGACAGGGAUUGUCAGUCAGACCCCUGAGGACACUAAUACCACAUAUACCAGUACUACACAAAACCCUACACCAGUCACAUCAAUUCCUUGUUGUGCAACAUCUCCAACAUCUCCAUCACCACUAUCACCAUCACCAAUCCCCACUACACAAGCUCCUCUCACACCAAACCAGAUGAUGUGUCCUGAUGGAUGGGAGGUGUUCCAGGGACGUUGCUACUACUUUGUGAAUGAGGGCAUGACCUGGCCUCAGGCUCAGUCGAACUGUGCCAUGCUUGAGUCCAUGUUGGUCUCUGUCCACAGCGCUCAGGAGUAUGGUUUCCUCCAGCAGCUCACCAACAAUAAUGAAAAUCAAGAAGCUUGGCUGGGCGGUUUCUACCUGCAGGACCAGUGGUUAUGGCUCGAUGGAUCCUGGUUCUACAACAACAGCUGGAGCAUGGAGUCCCCAGACAGCAGCAACCCCUGCCUAAUGCUCAGUUCUUAUGAGGCAUGGAGCAAUUCCCCAUGCAACGCUGGUGGCUAUUCUUCCAUCUGUGUGAAGAACUCCAAUGUCCCAACAGCAAUGCUGUGUCCUCAAGGCUGGACGGGGCACCUCGGCCGAUGUUACUACUACAACGAUGAAAGUCUGACCUGGCCUGAAGCUGAUGCCACCUGUGCUGGUUUCGAGGCCAGCCUGGUCUCCGUCCACAGCCCUGAGGAGUAUUCCUUCCUCUAUCAGCAAGCUAAUGGAGUAGCCUGGCUUGGUGGAUUCUACCUUGAGGACCAGUGGAUGUGGCUCGAUGGUUCCUGGUUUUAUCAGGGAUUUUUUACUGCAAUGUCUCCAGACAGCAUCAACCCAUGCCUUUCAACAUACAGCACCGAUGGUUGGAGCAAUUAUGCCUGCGAUGAAAGCUUCCCUUCGUUCUGUGUGAAGAAUGCAGUUGUAUGAAGGAUGCACUUUAAAUCUGCAACCCACACAGGACAGACAGAGUAAUGGAAUAUUUCAUUUCAAGUUCAAGUACAAAUGUACCCAAAUGUAUUAUUACCAAAAUGAUCUGCCUUAUGCAACUUUUGCAAAGAAAUUAAAGAGUCAUAUAUCA